AUGGGGCAGCAGGGCCAUAGGAGCAGCCCUGAGCUGCGGGUGCUGCUGGUGUGGAUGUGCGGCGGGCGCAUGGAGGACAUCCCGUGCUCCAGAGUGGGCCAUAUCUACAGGAAAUACGUUCCCUACAAGGUUCCCACUGGAGUCAGCCUGGCACGGAACCUGAAGCGCGUGGCCGAGGUGUGGAUGGACGAGUACGCAGAGUACAUCUACCAGCGCCGCCCCGAGUACCGGCACCUCUCCGCAGGGGACGUGGCUGCGCAGAAGGAGCUUCGCAACAACCUCAACUGCAAGAGCUUCAAGUGGUUCAUGAACGAGGUCGCGUGGGACCUGCCCAAGUUCUACCCGCCCGUGGAGCCUCCGGCGGCUGCCUGGGGAGAGGCAAGGCCCUCUUUGUCCCGGCAGAUAUUCACCUUCAGCUGGAGAGAAGACAUCCGUCCCGGGGAUCCUCAGCAUACCAAGAAGUUCUGUUUUGAUGCCAUUUCCCACAGCAGCCCUGUGACCCUCUAUGACUGUCACGGAAUGAAGGGGAACCAGCUCUGGAAAUACAGAAAAGACAAGACCCUCUACCAUCCCGUGAGCAGCAGCUGUAUGGACUGCAGUGAGAGCGACCGGAGGAUCUUCAUGAAUAGCUGCAAUCCUUCAUCUGCAACACAGCAGUGGAUAUUUGAACACACAAACUCAACCGUCUUGGAAAAAUUUAACAGAAAUCUUGAUCUUUAAG